GUCUUUAGCGACAGUCAGUGAGUUCAGUGAGAGUGCUGAGAGGUUUCAACUGAUCUGCGAAAGUUUAUACCAUGAAGUUUCAUGUACACACGUUUAACCAUCGAUUAAUGUGUCUUUUUUUUUUAAUUCGUGAGUGAAGUGUCAAAAAAAAAAAUAAAUAAAUAAAUAAAAAAUUGAGGAUUUAACAACAAAAUAUCACUGGAGAAAAUUAAUUUACCGCUGUCGUCAUAUUUUUUUUUAAAAAACAUUUUUUCCACCUUCAUUACACGGAAAUGGAGAGAAAAUUCAAGUUUGCCCUAUUGUUGACAUUAACAUGUACAAGUGUAAGAUCAUUGGAUGAGAAAAUUUUAAAGGAAGAAUUAUUAGAAUCGGCAGCAGCACAAUUGGAAAGACUUGCACCAUUUCGUCAAGCUAAACAAUUCACAACUAAUGAUUUAAUCGAUAAUUCGAGAAAUCAUUUUUUUUAUCAUUCCAAUAAAACAAGAAAUCGUGAAAAAGAAAAAGAAAUGAUAAAUGAAAAAAAUGAAAAAUUAGAUGAAUUUCAAUUUCCUCUUCAACUUUUAAAAAUACUUGGUGGUGACAUUAAUAAUAAUAAUAAAAAUAAUAACAAUAAUAGUCCAAUAAAAGAACCAAUGGGUUUUCAAUUUGAAAGAAGAGGCGACAGCAAUACAUUUGAUGCAAAUCCAAAUUCCCUACAGGAUGCAAAUUUCGAUUUAUUUUUACAAGAAAGAAUCAAACGUUCCGGAUCCAAUUCGGGAAGUUUCAUUUCCGGCAUUGCUUCCAAAGUUAUUGGCGGCAUUGCCGGUGCAUCAUCAGGUCUCUCUAAAGGUUCAUCAAGUUCAUCUGAUUCAUCUCAUUCAUAUGGUAACACUGCCUAUGGACCACCAGUUUAUUCAUACGAGCAACAAUCGUUCAAUGCCUGGGACUUUAAGAAAGCAAUUUUGAAUACUGUUUUUCAAGCAAUCAAAGCCAUUAGUGGAGGUGUUCUCGCACUAAAAGGGCAAUUAAUUAAAGGAGGUGGAUUUCUUAUUUCAACAAAGGGACGUCUUAUCAGUAGUACAGGGGAAGCUAUUUCAAAUUUAGGACGUAAUAUUGCAAGCAGUACUUAUGUGGUUGCACCAAAACCAGUUUACACUCAAACUGGAUACGCCUAUAAUCCACCCUCAAGUCAAAGUUACAGUCACACUGAUUCUUUCGAGGGACCACCCCCAAGUUCCCACGAUUAUUCAUCUGCUGCAUUUGAAGACAGCUAUCAUCCUCAAAACACCUUUGGAGCAGCAUCCGAUGACGAUGUACAAGCUGGCCUGGUGAUAAUGACUCCAAGUCAAUCUAAUCAACUUCAUCAUGAUGAUUUUUCAACUGAAUUGGAUCCCCGUCAUCCAAAUAUUCAACAAGCACUCGAGGAGAGUUUUGGAGGUUCACUAAAAGGCUCAUCAACAUCUGAUAUCAUUGUGAACAACAACAACAACAACAAUCUCCAUUCAACUGAUGAUCAAUUUUCACUUCAAGAAUUACAACAAUUUCAAUUGCCAACAACAAAACCACAUUUACCAUUUGUCACAUCGUUGAAGCAACAUAAUGAAUUAUUACCUGACAAUAAUAAACAUUCAUUGGAAUAUGAUUUGAAAAAUCAAAAUUCCAAUUAUAAUGUGGAAAUUCCAAAAAUUUCACCAUUACCAAUUUCACCAACAAAUCCUAGCAAUAGUUUACACAUUGAUUAUCCACCUCACAAUAAUCAUAAUUCAAAUCAAAAGCCAAUAAUUAAUUUUGCAAAUAAAUUUCAAGAAAUUGAUUUUUCAAAAUUUAAUCAAUUAAUUAUGAAAAAUCAAGGAUUUUCUUUGGAUAAUUAUCCACAAUUGAUUAAUGAUAUUAAAGCAGAGCCACUUGUUUCUGGAAUACCAAUUACAUUAAAUCAUCAAGAAUCAUUGAAAAUACCAAUUCUUAAUAAUGAACUACCAAAGGAACAUCGUUUCUAUGAAUAUCAAGAUAUUGGAAAUGGACCAUUUCCAUUGGAAAUGUUUGAAACUCUCGAUACGAAGAAGCAAAAUGAAAUAUUUGGAGGAAAAUUAAUUUCACAGAGCCUUCAAGUUCAACCGGCUAUUGGAUAUACUCUACAGAACACUGGACUACAUAGGAUAUAGAAUUUGAGACUGAGAUUUUGAGACUAAGUGGUCUAUGCUUACGCUUUUUAUCCAACCCAACCGAAGUUUUGGAUAGGAAAGAAAUAAUAUUUAUUCCAUCACUAUAUGAGGAUCAACGAAAGAAAAAAUGUUU